UUUGGCAGCAUCUCUCAAUUUCUUCAUCUUUAUAUAAUAUUAUAUAUAAUAUUUAUCUUCUCCAAAUUUCUGGUGGGUAUGAGUUUUACGCAUAUUGGUGCAGAUUAUUAUUUGUCAACCAUGACCAACUCCCCCAACUCUCUCACUUACUCAAUUCACUACCUCCCAUUUCAACAAUGAACCCUUCCCCUUCUUCUUCCCUCUAACUUCCUUUUUCUUCUUAAAUUAGGGUUUUCUUCUUUUUUUUUUACGAUGGGUAGUGGAGAGAAAAGCUUUAGGAACUUUCAUUUACACCUACCACACCUUCAUCUUCACCAUCAUCAACAUCAGCAAGGGAAGAAGCAAGGGAGUGAUGUGCCGAAAGGAUGUUUAGCCAUCAAGGUCGGGUCCGAAGGAGAGGAGCAACAAAGAUUCGUGGUGCCUGUCAUUUACUUCAAUCAUCCUUUGUUCAUGCAGUUGUUGAAAGAAGCUGAAGAAGAGUACGGGUUCGACCAAAAGGGCACCAUUACUAUCCCUUGUAACGUCCAAGAGUUUAGAAAUGUAAGGGGUUUGAUUGAUAGGGAAAAUUCUCUUCACCAUCAUCAUCACCAUCAUUAUGUUUGGUGUUUUAGGGUUUGAUGUAAUAAUUUAAAAAAGAAUUAAUGGUUUGCAAGUGCUGAACAACGGUGGCGGCCGAAACCAUUAACAUCAAUCAUAGAUUUUGAUUAUCUCUACACUAGUAUUCAUCCAACUAUUAAUAAAUUUUUAUUAUGAUCA